UGCCAGUGACGCUCUAUCCUCACCGCCAAACGCCGUCUCCUCGUCGUUGCCUAGCCGCGGUUCCACAUCAGUUGCAGCGGGCCGGGUCAGUUGCAGCGGGCCUGGAUGCCGAACGCCGCUUCUCCUCACGGCUGAGCUUCGUUUCCACAUCCGUUGCAGCAGGACGCCGAACGCCACUUCUGCAUCUGCACCCACCGACUCUCAAUCUAGUUUCGUGGCUCUCGAGGGGAGGAUGAGAGCUAGUAUACUACUCCCUAGUUGGGAAGUUGUUACGGAGGGAGUUAAAAACCAGAUUUGGGAGGCCAUCCAGCUCACUUUUGACGUCCCUAAUACUCAUGAACUGAGAAGAAGAUGGAUAUCAUAUGCUGGUAAUAGGUGGACGGGAUUCAAGACAUUUUUGACAUCAUCUUACAUAUUUGGCGAUCGAUCUGGGGAAAACCCCACAGAAAAGUAUCAAUGGAUAAGUGCUGAGACUUGGCAAGAGUUUGUACGAAGUAGAAAAGACCCAACUUUUCUGGAGCGCAGGAAAAAGGCACAGGAAAUCCAAGCUCAUAAUGACUGUCCUCACAUAUUGUCCCGAGGUGGAUAUGACCUGUUAGAAAAAAAACUUAUGGCUGAGAAAUUAAAAGAAUAUGAAGAAGCUUCUCUGGCUAAUCCUUCAUUGGGGCUGAAAGCUCCUUCUCCCAUACCCCGUCAUGUGAAAUGGAAGCAAGGCCGAAUCAGACGAACAGGCAAGUAUACAUCAAAGAGGUCUCUCGAGAUCGGAGAAAAAAUUUUGAGGAGGAAAAGCAAGGGACCUUUGCUCCCAUCGGUCGUGAUGAUAUCUUAACGGCGGCUACUGAACGUCCUGAGCACCCAGGUCGUGUACGUGGUGCUAGAACAGGUGUUGGUAUUCUUUCACACUUUGGACCCUUAGCACGUCAAGGUCAUAAAUCCACACUUUUGACCAUAAAUGACGUUGAUCGAAUCAAGAAGGAGAUGCAGCAGGAGGUAACACAACAGGUAACAAUACAAGUAACACAACAGGUAACUGAACAAUUGUCACGAGUAUUUGCUCAGCAGCUUCAAGAUGAACUUAAGAGAAUGGGUUUAACCCAACAACCAGAACUGCACACAGAGGCACGCCGCACUCGUUCUCCUACACAUGUCAGUACAAAAGGGAGCAAUGCUCCAGAGGAUAUCUCUGAGUCGGAUGAUGAGCUAUCCCGACUUUAUGUGGAUACCCC